UUCUUUCUUUUCUUUACUUUCCUCUUCUUUUAUUUUAUUCUCUUUUAUUCUCUUCUCCUCUCCUCUCUUCUCCUCUACUCUCCUCUCAUCUCAUCUCCAUUCCCCCUCUGCCCUGGCUUCUGCUCUCCUCUUAUCCCCUCCCCUCUCCUCUUCUCUUUUCUCCUCUCCUCUCUACUCCCCCUCUGCCCUGGCUUCUCCUCUCCUCUCGUCUCAUCUUGUCUUCUACUCUUGCUUGACUGUCUGUAGAUUGAUGCCCUGAACUUCAACUCGGAGCCUUUGAAUUGAGUCAUCUGGCUGUGGUCCCAGGCCAGUGUAACUCAGCUCUGGGUUUGGAGGCAGAUCCUCGGCAGCCGAGCCGUGAAGUAAGUGCGGGUAUAGUGUGAGCUCCUCACACCAUGGCCGACGCAGAGAGCGCCCGUGGAGGGGGAAAGGGUUCCGGCAAGUCCAAGCGGCCCGGUUCCAUCAAAGCAAAGAAGGGCAAGCCCGGCUCCUUACCAUCAGCAACGGAUGACAUACCUGCUAUUCCCACGCCGCAGAGUCAGAAUGAACCCGAAUUGGAGAAGAGUAUGGACGAUGCCAGUUCAGUAGUGUCGGAUACCCAUCAGAAUAGUGUGCCAACGGAGCAGGAAUUAUACACCACACUGUUGAGGGGCCAGUUCAUGAAGCGAGUGUCCAUCAGUGGCGUGACAGAGGAGGACUGGACUGAGGAGAACCUGCUGGUUCUGGACCAGUUUGUGGCCGACGAGAACCUGAAACUGCUUGUGAUCUACCUGGACCAGUUUGCCGGACUCAAGGUGGAGUUCGCCAUGCCUGCUCAGGCCCCAGAUCAGCUGGCGUACUUCAUCCGCACGGAGGGCACGCCGGUGACGCUGGAGACGUUUGAGGGUGCCUUGCAGUACGGCAUGUUGCGCGGCGGCGGCAGCGAGAGUCUCCUGAGGCUGAUGAACGGCGUCUUCGCGCCCACCGCCACCCUCAGCAGCAACUGGCCGGAGAGCAUCAAGAACAACUACCUGGGGCACAUGCACCGCUUCCUCACCACGCUCACAGACGCCCGUUUCAAGCUGGUGGGCAACACGGUGCUCUACAUCCCCAUGGAGGCCAUGCAGGGCACCCCAGAGGAGGCCGCCAAGGACAAGGAGCUCGUGCAGAGACUCGAAAUGGUGGUGAUCCACUGGACGCGCCAGAUCAAGGAGGUGCUGAACGCCCAGGAGACGGUGGAGACUGGAGACAGUGCCGGCCCCCUGGAGGAGCUCUCCUUCUGGAGCGCACGGUGCUCGGACCUGUCGGGCAUCAGCCAGCAGCUGGAGCACCCUGGCGUCACGCACAUACGCACCGUCCUGAGCCUCUGCAAGUCCUCGUACGUCGGACCGUUCUGCAAGCUCGCCAAACAGAUACAGGACGGCUCGAUGCAGGCCCAGUCCAACCUGUCGUUCCUGUCUCUGCUGAGGGAGCCGUGCGAGGAGCUGGCCCAGCUGAAGCCCGACCAGGUGGCCCCCAAGCUGGCCCACAUCCUCAACCUCAUACGCAUCAUAUGGGUCAACUCCAUCUACUACAACACGCGUGAGAGGCUCACCGCACUCCUGCGCAAGAUGAGCAAUGAGAUCAUCCGGGUGUGCUGUAGGGACAUCUCCCUGGAGCGCAUCUUCCAAGGCUACAUCGUGUCCAGCAAGAAGACCCUCAACGACUGCAUCCAGUGCUGCCUGGACUGGAAGGACCUCUACCUGCACACCUCACAGCUGCACCACAAGUACUCUGCCAAGGGAUGGGUCCUGGACCAGACAAGCAUCUUUGCCCUGGUUGAUGCUUUUGUUCAGCGCUGCAAGGACCUUUUAGAGGUGUGUGAGUGCCAGCAGCAGUUUGCGCGGCGCGAGGAGGGCAACCAGAUGCCGCUGCCGUGCUUCGCGGGCCGCCAGGGUGCCGAGGUGACCCGCAGCCUCCUGGAGAUGGAGAACACCUUCGACAAGAGCCUCGACAUCCUGCGAAACGUACGCAAGACCAUCCUCGACGUCAAGAACACAUCCUGGCACGACGACUACAACAGGUUCCGUGCGGGGGUGAAGGACCUGGAGGUGAUGAUGCAGAACCUGAUCAACUCUGCCUUUGAGACGCUGAGCACCGUGGAGGAGGGCGUUCAGCUGCUCGACGUCUUCCACCACCUGUCCACCCGAGAGGCCAUUAAGCGCACCAUAGACCGUAAGACGGUGGACGUGUACGGGCUCUUCAACAGGGAGCUGAGCCUGGUCAACAAGGAGCUGAGUCGCAAGAGCUUCUACCUGCCGCCGCACAUGCCCAAGAACGCAGGCCAGGCACACUGGGCACGGGCGCUACGCAGGCGCAUAGACAAGCCCAUGGAGGUGUUAGAGAGGGCCCACUUCAUGCCAGCCAUAGGCACGGGUGAGGAGGUGAGAGUGGCGCACGCCCAGCUGGUGCAGACUCUAGACGAGCUGGUGAGACGGAUCUUUAGUGAUUGGAGCCAGGGCCUGGACCGCACGAGCCUCAAGCGCCUCGACCAGCCUCUCAUGGUGCGCAGCAGAGACCGCAGCGGCCUACUGGACAUCAACUUCGACAGAGGCCUGUUGAACAUGUUUAAUGAGAUUCACUACUGGGAGCGGCUGCUGUUUGAGAUCCCCCACUACGUGUCUGAGGUGUACCAGCGACGAGAAGAGCUCCGCAACCUCCGAGAAAACGUACUGCUGGUGGUACGAGACUACAACAGGAUCAUCCUGGCCCUGUCUCAAGAGGAGCUGGGUCUGUUUAAAGAGCGCAUUCGCUUCCUGGACAAGAAGAUCCAGCCGGGCCUCUCCAAGCUGCUCUGGUCCACCAAGUUAGCAUCCAACUCCUUCAUCAACGAGUGCAGACUACACGCCAGUAAGGUGCAGCUCAUUGUGGAUGAGUACAAGGCAGCCAAGUUGGCCGUGGGGCGGCACUGCAUGACCCUGAGUGAGCUGCUGCUGGUGCGCGUGGACGGCCGCACUGUGUACCGCGAGGCCGAGUUCGAACAGGACCAGCUGCAGCACCGGCAGACGCAGCUGGCACGCCUGAAGGAGGCCCACCAGGACAUAGUCGCCAUCAUGGCCCGCGUCUACGAGACCUUCAGGCUGGACGGACCAGAGGUGCAGCAGCACUGGGUGACGUUUACUGAGCGCAUGGACAUGAUGGUGGAGGAGGCGCUGCGCGUCAACAUGAAGCGCUCGCUGCUGGAGCUGUCCAAAGCCAUCAACGGGGACAGUAAGGCCUCCCCCAACCCCCUCUUCAGGGUGCAGGUGGUCCUCACACCAGGGGCCCCUGGCACCACAGAACAGGUGGAGUUCUCCCCUACGCUGCAGAAGCUGGCGGAGGUGGUGAACAGCAUCAGCCCUCAGCUCAUCAGCACCCUGUCAGUGUUCCAGAGACUACCAGACCUGCUCACACGCAAACGAUCACAGAGGAAACCUGUACACACCAUCAUCGAGCAAGAUGAGGAGGUGUGUAAGAUCCAGGCGUCCAUAGCGGCCGGCAUGACGGCAAACGCGUCCCACCUGCAGGCCUACCUGAAGACCUGGGACAAGCACCGCGAGAUCUGGGAGAUCAACAAGGACCUCUUCAUACGCCGAUACCAGAGACUCAACCCACCAGUGUCUUCUUUUGAUGCAGACAUUGCCAGGUACACGGAGGUGGCGAACAACGUGCAGAAGGAGGAGACGGUGCUGAGUGUGCAGUUUGUGCUGCUGGACUGCGCGCCGCUCAAGUUCUCGCUGGUGCAGCACUGCAACGAGUGGCAGGGCAAGUUCACACAGCUGCUGAGUCUCAUGGCCAGCACCCGACUCAAGGAGCUGCACGCCUUCCUGCAGGAGAACGCACUCAGACUCAGUCAGCCUCCUCAGACGUUGGUGGAGUUGGCUGACAGUCUGAAGCUGCUGGAUACUGUGCAGGGAGACCUGAGCAAGACAGAGAGCCAGAUACCCCCCAUACAUGAGCAGUUCGCUAUCUUGGAGAAGUACGAGGUCACCGUAGAGCAUUCGGUUCAGGAGUUGCUGGAGGCGUUGAAUGGAGAGUGGGUGUGGUUCCAGGAGGUGGUGAUUGACAGUGACAUCAUGCUGAAGAAGCACAAAGACAAGUUCAAGAGCAGCCUGAUCUUCUCAGCUGAGGAGUUCAAGAAGAAGAUGCAGACCACCGUGCAGGACUUUAACAACACAGGUCCGUUCAGUAGCCAGGUGGGUUCUGAGCCGGCUCUGCAGCAGGUGUCUGCUCUGUGCUCUCAGCUGCAGACCCUGAAGGACGAGGAGGCCGGCAUACGCAGCGGCCUUAGCAUGUUCAAGAUGGAGCAGCCGCACUCCAAAGACAUACAGAGUCUCGAGAAGGACCUAGACUACCUGCAGCAGGUGUGGGCCAUCUCUCAGCAGUGGGAGCGCCACUGGGAGGAGUGGAAGGUCGGCCAGUUCAGCACCAUACAGACGGACAGCAUGGACAGCACCGCACAGACACUCUACAAGAAACUUCACAAGCUCAGCAGAGAACUCAAGGACAAACAGUGGGAGAUAGUGGAGACGUCUAAGAACAAGAUCAACCAGUUUAAGAGUACCAUACCCCUCAUCACAGACCUGCGCAACCCAGCUAUGAGAGAGAGGCACUGGAAUCAGAUCCGUCACGAGACGCAGUGUGUGUUUGACCAGACGAGCGAGGACUUCACUCUGGAGCGAAUCGUUGUGCUGGGCCUGGACCAGUAUGCAGACCGCAUCGCAGAGAUCUCUGGAGCCGCCAGCAAGGAGCUCUCCAUAGAACAGUCGCUGGAGACCAUCAACAGCACGUGGUCCUGGAUCUGCCUGGACAUCGCUGCCUACAAAGAUAAAGGUCACCACCGACUACGGAGUACUGAGGAUGUGUUCCAGGCCCUGGAGGAUAACCAGGUUACAUUGGCAACCAUGAAGGCAUCCAGGUUCGUGAGGGCCUUUGAGAAGCAGGUGGACUACUGGGAAAGAAGCCUUUCCCUGGUGCUGGAGGUCAUCGAGAUGAUCCUCACCGUGCAGAAGCAGUGGAUGUACCUCGAGAAUAUCUUCCUGGGAGAGGAUAUCCGUAAGCAGCUGCCCAAGGAGUCCACCGAGUUCGAUGACAUCAACAGCAACUGGAAGAUCAUCAUGGACCGCCUUUACAAGGACAGCAACGCCCUCAGAGGAACACACCAUCCAGGCCUGCCCGAGAAGCUGUCGGAGAUGAACAGCAAGCUGGAGGAGAUCCAGAAGUCCCUGGACAUGUACCUGGAGACCAAGCGCCAGAUCUUCCCCCGCUUCUACUUCCUGUCCAACGACGACCUGCUGGAGAUACUGGGCCAGUCGCGCAACCCCGAGGCUGUCCAGCCACACCUCAAGAAGUGCUUCGACAACAUCAAGAGCCUGAAGAUUGGCAAGGUUGGACAUAUGAGCAGUAAGUCAGAGGCUGUGGGCAUGUUCUCCACGGAUGGGGAGUAUGUGGAGUUCACCCAACCUGUUCUGCUUGAGGGACCUGUGGAGGCCUGGCUGUGUGAUGUUGAGCGCACCAUGCGUUGGUCCCUCAAGGGCUCCCUGAAGAACUGCCGUAUGGCCCUCAUCAAGAUGACUGGCAAACGGGACAAGUGGGUCAGAGACUGGCCCGGACAGAUGGUCAUCACUGCCAGCCAGAUCCAGUGGACCACGGACGUCACCAAGUCCCUGAUGACCAGCAAGGAGAGGGGGGACAAAUCUGCCCUCAAGUCCAUGAGGAAGAAACAGGUGGUGAUGCUGAACCGCUACUCGGAGGCCAUCAGGGGCAACCUGUCUAGCAUCAUGCGCCUGAAGAUCGUGGCCCUGGUGACGGUGGAGGUGCACGCGCGCGACGUCAUCGACAAGCUGGCCAAGGCCGGCUGCUGCGACGUCAACGCCUUCGACUGGCUCUGCCAGCUGCGCCUCUACUGGGACAAGGACGUGGAUGACUGCAUCAUUAGACAGACCAACACCCAUUUCCAGUACGGCUAUGAGUACCUGGGCAACUCAGGACGACUAGUCAUCACGCCCCUUACAGACAGGUGUUACAUGACCCUGACCACAGCUCUGCACCUGCACCGCGGUGGCUCUCCAAAGGGGCCGGCCGGCACGGGGAAGACGGAGACGGUGAAAGACCUGGGCAAGGCCCUGGGCAUGUACGUCAUCGUGGUCAACUGCUCAGAGGGACUCGACUUCAAGUCCAUGGGCCGCAUGUACUCUGGCUUGGCACAGACGGGUGCGUGGGGCUGCUUUGACGAGUUCAACCGCAUCAACAUCGAGGUGCUGUCGGUGGUGGCCCAGCAGAUCCUCUCCAUCCUGUCGGCUCUGGCGGCCGGGGCCACCUCCUUCGUAUUCGAGGGACGACAGAUACGACUCGUCUGGUCAUGCGGCAUAUUCAUCACCAUGAACCCCGGCUACGCUGGGCGUACUGAGCUGCCUGAUAACCUGAAGUCCAUGUUCAGGCCCAUCUCCAUGGUGGUGCCGGACUCCACCCUCAUCGCAGAGAUCAUCCUCUUUGGAGAGGGCUUCAACAACUGCAAGGUGCUGGCUAAGAAGGUCUUCACGCUGUACUCGCUGGCCGUGCAACAGCUGUCUCAGCAGGACCAUUAUGACUUCGGGCUGCGUGCGCUCACCUCGCUGCUCCGCUACGCCGGCAAGAAGCGCCGCGUCUGCCCCGACGUCGCCGACGAAGAGAUCCUGUUGAUGUCUAUGAAGGACAUGAACAUUGCCAAGCUGACCUCCAUAGACCUGCCCCUCUUCAGCGGCAUCAUCCAGGACCUCUUCCCCGCCGUGGAGACCCCCACUAUUGACUACGGCAAGUUGAAGGAGAUGAUCGAGUCUGAGCUGCGCAGUGCCGGGCUGCAGGUGACGCCCUUCACCAUGACCAAGGUCAUCCAGCUGUACGAGACCAAGAACUCGCGGCACUCCUCCAUGAUCGUGGGCAAGACGGGCAGCGGCAAGAGUGUCACCUGGAAGACCCUGCAGAGUGCACUCUCAUCGCUCCACCGCAAGGGAGAAGCCGGCUACAACCACAUCCGGGAGUGCCCCCUGAACCCCAAGGCGGUGAGUCUGGGCGAGCUGUACGGCGAAUACGACCUCUCCACCAACGAGUGGACCGACGGAGUGCUCUCUUCUCUCAUGAGGAACGCCUGCGCAGAUGAGAAGCCCGAUGAGAAGUGGAUUGUGUUUGACGGGCCGGUGGACACACUGUGGAUUGAGAGCAUGAACUCGGUGAUGGACGACAACAAGGUGCUAACCCUCAUCAACGGAGAAAGGAUAUCCAUGCCCGAACAGGUGUCUCUGCUGUUUGAGGUGGAGGACCUGGCAGUUGCCUCUCCAGCCACUGUGUCUCGCUGCGGGAUGGUUUACAAUGACUACUCUGACCUGGGCUGGAAACCCUACGUCAGAUCCUGGCUGGACAAACGCCAUAAGGCUGAGGUGGAGGUGCUGCAGAGGUUGUUCGACACGUUCACGGAGAAGACUCUGCUGUUCAAGAAGGCCAACUGCAGGGAGCUGGUGCCCAUCACCGAGCUGAACGGGGUCAUGUCUCUAUGCAGGCUCUAUGACACCCUCGCCACACCGGAGAACGGGGUGACCCGUGAUACAGAGCACUUUGUGCAGAUGGUGGAGCUGUGGUUCCUCUUCAGCCUGAUCUGGUCUCUGUGCGCCUCUGUGGACGAGGAUGGACGCAAGAAGAUAGACAACUUCCUACGCGAACUGGAGGGUACAUUUCCCAAUAAGGACACCAUCUAUGAGUACUAUGUGGACACCAAGAGCAAAAGCUGGGCAUCCUUUGAAGGCAAACUGCAUAAAGCAUGGCGCUACCCUGGCAAUGCCCCCUUCUAUAAGAUCAUGGUGCCCACAGUGGACACCGUGCGCUACAACUUCCUGGUGCAGGCCCUGGUGGGCCGCCAAUACCCGGUGCUGCUGACGGGGCCUGUUGGCACGGGCAAGACCUCCGUGGCGCAGGGGGUGCUGCAGGGGCUGGACACCACCAAGUGGACAACGCUGACCGUCAACAUGUCCUCACAGACCACCUCCAACAAUGUGCAGGCCAUCAUCGAGAGCCGUGUGGAGAAGCGCACCAAGGGCGUGUUCUUGCCGGUGGGGGGCAAGCGCAUGCUGGCCUUCCUGGACGACCUCAACAUGCCUGCCGUGGACAACUUCGGGUCCCAGCCCCCGCUGGAGCUGCUCAGGCUCUGGAUAGACUACGGCUUCUGGUACGACCGACAGAAGCAGACGCUCAAGUGUGUCAAGGACAUGUACCUGUUGGCCUCUAUGGGGCCCCCUGGUGGCGGGAGGACUCACAUCUCCGGCAGACUACAGAGCCGCUUCAACCUCAUCAACAUGACAUUCCCUGCCGAGUCCCAGAUAAAGCGCAUCUACGGCACCAUGAUCAACCAGAAGCUGCAGGAGUUUGAGGAGGAGGUGAAGCCCAUUGGAGGAGUCAUCACCCAGGCCACACUGGAGCUCUACUACGCCGUCAUAGCACGCUUCCUCCCCACGCCAGCCAAGAUGCACUACCUCUUCAACCUCAGAGACAUCUCCAAGGUGUUCCAAGGUCUGCUUCGGGCCCAUCGAGACUUCCAUGACACCAAGACCAGUAUCACUCGCCUCUGGAUACACGAAUGCUUUAGGGUGUUCUCCGACCGCCUGAUAGACCAGGCGGAUAUGGAGGCCUUCGUGGGUCUUCUUGCAGAGAAGCUCGGCUCUCUCUUCGAACAGACCUUUCACAACAUAUGCCCCAACAAACAACCCCCUAUAUUUGGUGAUUUCUUGAGGGAGCCGCGCGUGUAUGAAGACCUCCUGGACUUCAAGGCUUUGAAGAGCUACAUGGAGACCCAGCUGGAGGAUUACAACCUGACGCCCGGAGUAGUGCCUAUGAGCUUAGUGCUCUUCAGAGAUGCCAUUCAACACGUGACGCGUGUGGUGCGUGUGAUCAGCCAGCCGCGGGGCAACAUGCUGCUGGUGGGCAUCGGGGGGUCGGGCCGCCAGUCCCUCUCCCGCAUGGCCGCCUACAUCUGCGAAUACAUGGUCUUCCAGGUGGAGGUCACCAAGCAGUACCGCAAGCAGGAGUUCAGAGACGACAUUAAGAAGCUGUACCGCUUGACUGGCGUGGACAACAAGCCCACGGUGUUCCUGUUCAACGACACCCAGAUAGUGGACGAGUCCUUCCUGGAGGACAUCAACAACAUCCUCAGCUCCGGGGAGGUGCCCAACCUCUACAAGCCAGACGAGUUCGAAGAGGUCCAGAGUGCCUUGAGUGACUGUGCUCGUAAGGACAACGUCCUGGAGACGCCAGACUCCAUGUUCACCUACCUCAUCGAGCGCGUCAGGAGCAACCUGCACAUCGUGCUCUGCAUGAGCCCAGUAGGGGACCCCUUCAGGAACCGUAUCCGUCAGUACCCUGCGCUGGUGAACUGCACCACCAUCGACUGGUUUACUGAGUGGCCCAGAGACGCCCUGCUGGAGGUGGCAGAGAGAUACCUGGACGGCAUCGCCCUGGGCAACGUGGAGGGGAUCCAGACCAAGGUGGCCAGUAUCUUCGUGACGAUGCACCAGUCGGUGACGCGCUACUCCCUACGCAUGAAAGAGGAGCUCAAGAGACACAACUAUGUCACCCCCACCAACUAUCUGGAGCUGGUCUCAGGAUACAAGAAACUCCUGGAGGAGAAGCGCAGUGAGCUUGGCGAGCAGGUGACCAAGCUGCGUAACGGCCUGUUCAAGAUCGACGACACGCGCACCAAGGUGCAGGCCAUGUCCGUGGAGCUGGAGGAGGCCAAGAAGAAGGUGGCCGAGUUCCAGAAGCAGUGCGAGGAGUACCUCGUCAUCAUCGUGCAGCAGAAAAGAGAGGCCGACGAACAGCAGAAGGCGGUGAGUGCCCACAGUGAGAAGAUUGGUGCUGAGGAGAUCAAGUGUAAGGCAAUGGCUGAGAACGCGCAGAGAGACCUGAACGAGGCCCUGCCCGCGCUAGAGGAAGCCAUGAAGGCUCUGGAGUCUCUGAAUAAGAAGGACAUGACGGAGAUCAAGUCGUACGGUCGACCCCCCGCCCUGGUGGAGACCGUCAUGCAGGCUGUCAUGAUCCUCAAGGGGGCCGAGCCCACCUGGGCCGAGGCCAAGAGACAACUGGGUGAGUCCAACUUCAUCAAGCAGCUGGUGCACUUUGACAAGGACAACAUCUCGGACCGCGUGCUGAAGAAGAUCGGCCAGUACUGCACGCAGCCGGACUUCCAGCCCGAGAUCAUCGGACGCGUGUCCCUGGCUGCUCGCUCCCUGUGCAUGUGGGUGCGCGCCAUGGAGGUGUAUGGGCGCAUCUACAGAGUGGUGGAGCCCAAGAGAGCUCGACUGAACGCUGCCACAUCCCAGCUGGCAGAAAAGCAGAGCGCCUUGGCAGACUCACAGGCCAAACUCAAAGAGGUGGGUGAGAAGCUGGAGUGUUUGAAGCGCUCCUAUGAUGAGAAGCUGGCCCAGAAGGAGGAGCUGAGGAGGCGCUCGGAGGACAUGGAGCUCAAACUGGACCGAGCCGCCAAACUGGUGACCGGCCUGGCAGGGGAGAGAGUCCGCUGGGAGGAGACCGUGGUGGGCCUGGAGUCUAAUAUGGGUUACCUGGUGGGCGACUGUCUGCUGGCAGCUGCUUGCCUGUCCUACAUGGGGCCCUUCCUCUCCAACUACAGAGAUGAACUGGUCUCCAGCAUCUGGAUGAAGAAGAUAAGUGAGCUACAGGUUCCGUGUUCUCCGGGCUUCAGUUUCGCCGUGUUCCUGUCCAAGGCGACGGCGGUGCGCGAGUGGAACAUCCAGGGCCUCCCGUCAGACGCCUUCUCCACCGAGAACGGAGUCAUUGUCACCCGAGGAAACCGAUGGCCUCUAAUGGUGGAUCCGCAAGGGCAGGCGCUGAAGUGGAUUAAAAACAUGGAGAGCAAACGGGGUCUGAAAGUGAUAGACCUGCAGAUGCCUGAUUUCCUGCGUACUCUGGAGAAUGCGGUGCAGUUUGGUUCUCCGGUUCUUCUGCAGAACGUCCAGGAGGAACUGGACCCCUCGCUCGCCCCCAUCCUCAACAAGUCCGUCACCCGUGUUGGUGGGCGUCUGCUGCUGAAGCUGGGUGAUAAGGAAGUGGAGUACAACCCUGACUUCUCCUUCUACAUCACCACCAAGCUCUCCAAUCCCCACUACACACCUGAGAUAUCCACCAAGACCACCAUAGUCAACUUUGCAGUCAAGGAACAGGGUCUGGAGGCCCAGCUGCUGGGAAUCGUGGUGCGUAAGGAGCGUCCCGACCUGGAGGAGAUGAAAGACACUCUAGUGAUCAACAUCGCCUCAGGCAAGAGGAAACUGCAGGAGCUGGAGGACGAGAUCCUCAGGCUCCUAAGUGAGGCUACUGGCUCGUUGCUGGAUGACGUGCAGCUGGUCAACACUCUGCAGACGUCUAAAGUGACGGCCACCGAGGUCCAGGAGCAGCUGGAGACCAGCGAACACACCGAGAUCAAGAUCGAUACCGCCAGAGAGGGCUACCGUCCGUGUGCCCAGCGAGCGUCCAUCUUGUUCUUCGUCCUGAAUGACAUGGGCCGCAUCGACCCCAUGUACCAGUUCUCCCUGGACGCCUACAUAGACCUCUUCAACCUCAGCAUGGACAAGAGCAAGUGCAGCCACAAGCUGGAGGAGAGGAUCGCCAACCUCAACGACUACCACACCUACGCAGUCUACAGGUACACGUGUCGUGGGUUGUUUGAGGUGCAUAAGCUUCUCUUCAGCUUCCACAUGUGUGCCAAGAUCCUAGAGGUGGCCGGCAAACUCAACAUGGACGAGUACAGCUUCUUCCUACGCGGAGGACUGGUGCUGGAUAAGGAGGGUCAGAUGGACAACCCGUGCCCCAGCUGGCUGUCCGACUCCAACUGGGACAACAUCACAGAGCUGGACAAGCUGACCAGCUUCCACGGCCUCAUGUCCUCCUUCGAGCAGUACCCCAAAGACUGGCACCUCUGGUACACCAGCGCCGAGCCAGAGGCAGCAGCCCUGCCAGGUGAGUGGGAGAACAGCUGUAACGAGUUGCAGAGGAUGCUGAUUGUGCGCUCGCUACGCCAGGACCGCGUCUCCUUCUGCGUCACCUCCUUCAUCAUCAACAACCUGGGAUCGCGCUUCGUAGAGCCCCCUGUACUGAACAUGAAGGCUGUGCUAGAGGACUCCACCACUAAGACCCCUCUGAUCUUCGUGCUGUCCCCUGGCGUGGACCCCACCGUGCAGCUGGUGCAGCUAGCUGAGACGUCGGGCAUGGCCAAGCGCUUCCACGCCCUCUCCCUGGGCCAGGGGCAGGCCCCCGUCGCCACUCGCAUGAUCAAGGAGGGAGUCAAGAACGGCCACUGGGUGUUCCUGGCUAACUGCCACCUGUCCCUGUCCUGGAUGCCCCAGUUGGACAAGCUGGUGGAGCAGCUGCAGGUGGAGGAGCCGCACCCGGACUUCAGACUCUGGCUCAGCUCCUCUCCACACCCAGACUUCCCCAUCGCCAUACUGCAGGCUGGCAUCAAGAUGACCACCGAACCACCCAAGGGUGUGAAGUCCAAUAUGAAGCGUCUGUAUCAGCAGGUGACUGAGUCCCAGUUCCUCAAGUGCCAGAAGCCGGUGCAGUACCGCAAGCUGCUCUUCGCCCUCUGCUUCUUCCACAGCAUCCUGCUGGAGCGCAAGAAGUUCCUGCAGCUCGGAUGGAACAUCAUCUACAGCUUCAACGACUCAGACUUCGAGGUGAGUGAGAACCUGAUGAGUCUGUACCUGGACGAGUAUGAGGAGAUUCCGUGGGACGCUCUGAAGUACCUGAUCGCCGGCGUCAACUACGGAGGUCAUGUGACCGACGACUGGGACCGCAGACUCCUCAUCACCUACAUCAACGACUACUUCUGUGAGGGAACCGUCGGCACACCCUUCUUCAAACUCUCUUCGUUGUCAGCGUACUACAUGCCAAAGGACGGUCCCCAGGCGUUGUACCGCGAGUACAUCAGCCUGCUGCCGGCGGUGGAGCACCCCGAGGUGUUCGGCCAGCACCCCAACGCAGACAUCGCCAGCCAGAUCGCCGAGACCAGGACGCUCUUCGACACCCUGCUCUCUCUACAGCCACAGGUCACCAGCAGCGCCUCCGCAGGGGCCGGACCCAGCAGAGAGGAUAAGGUGCUGGAGCUGUCUGCUGACGUGCUUCAGAAGAUUCCUCCUCUACUGGACUACGAGGGCACCAGGCAGCUACUGCAGGGAGACCCGUCACCCCUCAACGUAGUGCUACUGCAGGAGAUACAGCGAUACAACGCCCUACUGCACACCAUCAGGUCGUCUCUGAUUGAGCUGGAGAAGGGCAUCAAGGGCCUGGUGGUGAUGUCCAGCAGCCUAGAGGAGACCUUCAACUGCAUAUACGAUGCCCGAGUACCCCCACUGUGGGAGAAGACUUAUCCGUCGCUGAAGCCGCUGGCGUCGUGGACGAGGGACCUGUGUCAGCGUGUGGACCAGUUUGGCCGCUGGGCGAGUACUGCCCACCCCCCCGUGCUCUUCUGGCUCUCCGGGUUCACCUUCCCCACCGGCUUCCUCACCGCUGUGCUGCAGGCGGCCGCCAGGCAACUCAACGUGUCUAUUGACACUCUGUCCUGGGAGUUCAUCGUGUCCACAGUGGACGACAACAACCUCCUCUAUGCACCAAAGGAGGGUGUGUAUAUCCGUGGGCUGUACCUGGAGGGUGCUGGCUGGGACAAGAAGAACUCGUGCCUGGUGGAGGCGGAGCCCAUGCAGCUGGUCAGCCCCAUGCCCACCAUCCACUUCAGACCCGUGGAGAACCGCAAGAAGAUGGCCAAGAGCAUGUACCUGUGUCCGUGCUACUACUUCCCGGUGCGUUCUGGUGGAGCGGGCCGGGCCUCGUUUGUGGUGGCGGUGGACCUGAAGUCAGGAGCCCUGCCCUUCGACCACUGGGUCAAGAGGGGAACCGCCCUGCUCAUGAGCCUGGACGCAUAGACCUCAUUACACACACACACACACACACACACACACACACACACACACACACACACACACACACACACACACACACACACACACACACACACACACACACACACACACACACACACACACACACAGCCUGGACGCAUAGACCUUAUUACACACACACACACACACACACACACACACACACACACACACACACACACACACACACACACACAAAAACCACAUAUAGACUCCAAACACCCACAUACACAUGCCCUCAUUACUUCAAGAGAGGUGACAUCUUGCUUGCUUGACAAAGACACACAUGUACACACAGACAUGAACAUACAAUAAUCAUACAAUUACUAUGGACACUGUGACACUAUAUACUAUAUAUGCAAUGUUAUUUAAAUAGACUUU